CUUGCCCCUUUUACAGUUGCCCCAUUUGCUGCUUUCCCCCCAUGGACAUCUACCUCGUCACCGGGAACAAAAACAAAAGACUGGAGUUCCAGCGGCACAUGAAUGGCGAGCUGGAGGUUCAGUUCGCAGACAUUGACUUGAUCGAAAUGCAGUCGAACGACAUCGUCAAGAUAAACGAGCACAAGGCAAAGAGCGCCCACGAAAUUUUGAGCAGCGAUGCCUCGGGGGAGAGUCAGGCGAGACGGAAGCUUGUGAUCACCGACGACACGGGGCUUUAUAUGGAUUGCCUGGGUUCUUUUCCUGGUCCCUACAUCAAGUGGAUGCAGAAGAGUUUGGGCUCGCAAGGGAUUGUAGACGUGGCCACGAAGCUCCAGAAUGACAAGUGCCACGCCAUUUGCGUGUAUUCCGUGUACGACGGGAAGGAGGUGCACUCCUUCCAGGGCGUCACUCAGGGACGGAUUGCCGGUCCCCGAGGGUCGACUGACUUCGGCUGGGACAAUAUUUUUUCCCCCGAGAAGAGCAGCAAAACGUUCAGCGAAAUGCCAUUCGAGGAGAAGAAGGGAUCCUCCCCGCGUUUCAAGGCCUUCGUGCAGCUCAAGUCCUUCCUGCUGGAGGAGCUGAGCAAGCAGAGCGCGUGA